AUGGCGUUCAAUUUCAAUUGGUCUCCGCUUGCGACCGAUGCCACAUUCUAUCAGCGCGCGAAGGAGUUGCUCACCAACGCGCUGAACCGCGCUGGCCCACGGCCGGUGAUCAUAGUCGAUGACUUCCUCGUCAGCGAGUUCAACCUGGGCGAGAUCCCUCCCGAGCUCGAGAUUGUUGAGAUCGGAGACCUGGCCGAAGACAAGUUUAGAGGGACGUUCAAGAUGCGAUACCAAGGCGAUGCAAACUCAUUCGCGACGCCUCAGCCAUUGGCCGCUGCGACUGGCUUGACGAUCCCGCUACAAAUUACACUGUCAGAAUUCCGAUUGUCAGGAUUUGUUAUACUAGUGUUCUCAAAACAGAAGGGCUUGACCAUUGUUUUCAAGGACGAUCCGCUGGAGUCGUUACGCGUGAGCUCGACGUUCGACUCGAUACCAUUUGUGGCGAAGCAUAUACAAGGAGUGAUUGAGAAACAGUUGCGAAACUUGUUAAUGGAAGAACUCCCUGCAAUCAUACAUCGCCUCUCUCAGCAAUUCUCUGGUCCAGAUCGGCAUAAUGUGACCGAGAACGACCUGGAUCAAUCCCAGACCUCCGACAACACUGUCGUUGAUCCGUUCGCAAGUCCGCCGCAGGAUCCUGUGGACUCGAAAGGCAACGUACUUAGCUCAGCCGAUAUCGCCUCACUAUCACUGGACAGCUCGGUCGAGACGCAAUCCUUAUUUUCUCAGAAGAAUCUCAUUCGACUUGCCACUCUCUCAGAUUCACAUCGGACCUUGUCACUGUUUACCCCGUCCAUACAAGACGCUGUCUUUCGAGCAUGGACGGGACCGUUGGAACGGGGCGAGAUGCCGGCCUUCCAGUCAAGAGCUGCCACUCCAGCCCUGUCACGAUCGCACUCGCAUGCUGGAAGUCUUAGUACCUAUACCGGAGAUAGUGCUCUAGCUCGACCGUCUCUGUACAGCUUUCCGUCAACGGGAAGCUCGUAUGGUCUCGGCGGUGGGCGUCAUGGCAGGACAAGGAAACGAAAGAAGCGAGUCGUCAAUCUACGAAAGCAACCAGAGACAGGCGAAAUCGAGACUGUCAUCGAGGACGGUUCUACCGUGACUGACUCUGCGAGUGUCACCGAGAGUACAUCGGAUCAGCCAUCGGUGUUCUCUGCCCCACCCGGCAUGGCCUCCUCACCGUUCGCUCGUGACAGUGAUGUGUAUAGUCCGAUACAGAGCCCAAGAUCCGAUCGCAGAUCGCUCAACGGGCGUCGUGUCGUGUCGACUCCUCUCCAGGAAGCCAGGACUAGCCCAAGCGUCCCUCAUCGGGAAGUCAGACCAAGCUCGAGUGCAUCAUUUGGUCCGGAUUCGGCUCUAGAAAUCGCCUCACAGCCACUUCAGAACAGCCAAUUUGACACGAUUCGAGCUCGUCGAAGGCAGCCGCCACCACCAAUUACGGACAUAGAUACGACACCGCGUGCAUCGAUGUAUGUCACGGAAAAGCCACCGCCACCAACUCAGCGACUUUCGCAACACGAGGCUCUUUUCAACCUGGGAUCUCCUGGACCAAGCAGUAGUUCAACGCCAGCUGAGCCUCCACAGCCACUUCCUAACUUCCUACAAUUCGUCAACGAUGCUUCUGCUGGUGGCAGUAUUGCGGAAAGAGCAUGGAUGGCAAAGAUGGCGGCUGAAAUGUCACGACGGUACGACGACGAAAGACGGAAGGGCACAUUUGGCUCCGCAUCAGGACCUUCGCGGUCGUCCACAGCGAGUCCGCCACCUGCGUAUUACGCUAGGUGA